AUAAAUUGGACCAUACUUCCUCGCCAUCUUGCCUUCUCGGCCAGCAGCCUCACAUCCUCCCAAGACAGUCAAGAAAGCACAAAGAUAAACAAAAGCCUGUACCCACCACCAUGCAUCUCAAAAGCGCCCUCCUUUCCCUCUCCCUUGCACUACCUCUCGCAUCAACCUACCACCUCGCCGUCACAGACCAGAAGUCCAAAACCGUCCGCGUCUUCCCACGUGAUGUCGUGACCUGGAAUAAAGACGCUAUCUACUGGUCCUUCAAGUGCGACUACGACCCCUGGCCCUGGCAAAAAGACAUCUGGGGAGAUCUGUCCGAGGUCAAAAUCCGUAAGACGGCCGACCGCGGUAUGGUCGCGCUCGUCGCAACCUCAGGCGGGAUGGUCGGCAUGGUCGACAUCAAGUCCGGACAACGAUCGACCUCGCUGCGGGACGUCGUCUGGGAGGCCUUUGUCGGGGACAAUCCGCACUCGCUGGAGCGGAUCCCCUACUCGGGUGCGUUUGUCGCCGCCAGCUCCGACCCAGGCGAACUGACGCUCUACGUUCCUACGGACGGAGCCAACAACCUCGAGCGGAUCAAGAGGACGCACCGGUACAAGGUUCCCAAGGCGCAUGGCGUGUUGUGGCACGGGGACAAUCUGUGGGCAAUUGGGAAGGAUUAUCUGUACAAGUAUAACGUUGUGGGGAAAGGGGAGGACAUGCAGCUGAAGCAAGUCGGCAAAAAGAUUGAUCUGCCGGUUGUCAAAGAUAAGGAGACGAAGAAGAAGAAAGCCCGGAACGGCCACGAUCUGUCGGCGAGUUACAAGCACGAUGAUAUCCUGCUCUUGACGCAUACCGCGGCGGCGUACGCAUACAACACGACGAGUGGUGAAUUUCGCGACCUAGAAAUGGGCGGUAAGCUCAAGUCGCUGGUCCAGCAUUCGUCGGGAGAAUAUGCCUGGAUCAGGGGGGUGGAGGAGAAUCAUGAGAUGGGACAGUAUGUCCGGUUCAGUGACGAGAAAGCGCCAGGGAAGAAUACGACGGAGAGAGGGUGGGAUAAUGCAGAAUUCUACAAAGCGAGGAUCUUCGAUCCGGGGUAUGAAUAGGGGACUUUAUAGUCGUUGAUAUCCGAAGAAGGAUUGUCAGUAUGUCCGUCUGCAUGUUUGCUGAGUUGUAG